GGGGCGGGGCGCACGGCGGGGCAGCGGAGCCGCGGAGCCGCGGGCUCGUGGCAGGCGGUCGGCGGCCGGUGUGGAGGCAGACUGGUUGAGAACAGCGCCCUUCUCAUGACAAGCACAGCCCCGUGUCAGUCAGCUUGGCUCUUAAGAGUCUGCCCAAGCAAACCAGAAGUUUACACUCUGAAGUAUUACACAGCCAUUAACCUGUUACUGCUGCUGCCCUAGGGUCCCACUUUUCUACGUGCCUUUUUGAAUCUCUCUGUCAUAAAGAUGUCUCACAAUCACCCCACCAACAGCUCCAUGUUGUCAACUACACAUCCUCCUGAGCAUCACCACUCAACAGCAGCCCCAGGACAUGACCAUGGAUCUGACAUGAUGAUGAUGGCAAUGACUUUCCACUUCAGCUAUGAGAAUGUGCCAUUGCUGUUUUCGGGACUUAUAAUCAAUACUCCUGGAGAAAUGGCUGGUGCUUUUGUGGCUGUCUUCUUCCUGGCCAUGUUUUAUGAAGGCCUUAAGAUUGCCCGAGAGUGUCUGCUCCGUAAAUCCCAAGUCAGCAUCCGCUACAACUCCAUGCCAGUGCCAGGGCCCAACGGCACUAUCUUGAUGGAGACUCACAAAACUGUUGGACAGCAGAUGCUGAGCUUCCCUCACCUCCUGCAGACUGUACUGCACAUCAUUCAAGUCGUGGUCAGUUACUUCCUCAUGCUGAUCUUCAUGACAUACAACGGGUACCUCUGCAUAGCCGUGGCAGCAGGGGCAGGGACGGGCUAUUUCUUCUUCAGCUGGAAAAAGGCAGUUGUUGUGGAUAUCACAGAGCACUGCCAUUAAUGCUGGCUGCUGCUCAGAAGCCUCUCCACCCCCACUGCUCUCUUGAAGUGCAGCCAUCAUGAGGACUGGAUCAUUCCUAAGCUGAAAGAGAAACAAUAUAAAGGAAAAUCAACUGGAGUUCACCACAAGAUCCUAGCUGGGGUGCAGGGAUGUGAGGAGCUGGGGUGUGCUGCUCCCCCUCGCUGCAGGUUGGGUUGACUCAUGAGGGUCCUGUGGUAGCCCCUCUUGGCUAGGAUUUGCUUUAUUCUUAGAUUAUGCUGUGAUUGAAAUUAGUUGGCUGACAGAAAUAUAGGAAUUAUUCUUUAAAACAAACAAAAAAAAAGGAAACCAUUUUCUUUCCCAGUUGCUAAAAGCCCAUCUGUGAGGGCUGAACCAACAGGAGGUAAGGAUCAAAGUUGCCAAUGGAGCCCACGUGUGUGAAUGGACCUUUGGAUUUUACUUUGUUUUCAAUAUGGACAUAAUGCCAGGGGAGGAGAUCCCCCUGGAAUUGUGGCUUUUGAGGCCAGUGACACCUUCUGAUGCAGAAGGACUCAGCCUCUGAGGAAGAUUUGGUGCUGCACAUCAGACACGCUCAGGCCUGUCCUGGCAAGGGAAUGCUUCGACGUAAGGCUGACACCCGUGUGCCUCACGGGGGCUGGAUGAGUCUGUCGGUGUGUGAUCAGUGUUGUUAAUCUCCUGAUGCAUCCAGCAGCUUUAUUCAGCUUCAAGUAAUGAUGUUUGGGUUUGGCUGCUUUCACUUCCCAGUCGUGGAACUAGAGUAGGUGCAGGACAACAAUCGUGUGCUUUACAGGGCAAAUGAUUUAAAUAAACUGUUAAACCAGC